AUGUUCUCCCGUCCCUCGCUCUUGCGGUGCCUCGCACUCUGGCUCACCGGCAGUACGCUCGUGCAGUCCGCUCCGGCACCACACACCGGAGGACCCGCCCUCAACGGCAUCGGCGUGCCGAUCCACAACCCUGAGGCCAAGAACAUCGUCGCCAAUCGGUACAUCGUCGUCUACAACGACGACUGCAGCGACGAGAUGGUGGAGGAGCACCAGCUACACAUGUCUGUCGCGCUGAAGAAGCGCAAUCUGAACAAGCGCGCGCUCGACGGCCGGAUGAUGUCGACCUCCAUCGCCCCCUUUGCCAUGCAAGGUUGGCGAGGCACGUGUCUGGAUGCCGAUGACGAGAUGAUGCUGGAUAUCGCCAGUAUGAAAGGUGUCAAGUACAUCGAGGCCGAUACCGUGGUCAAGAUCGACGCUCUCGUGUCGCAGCCAGCCGCUCCCGAUGCCUUAUCGCGCAUCUCUCAUGCUAACCCCGGGGGGUCGGGCUACGUUUUCGACAACAGCGCGGGGGCUGGCAUUACAGUUUAUGUCGUCGACACCGGGAUCUUGACGUCGCACCAGGAGUACGCCGGACGCGCCUCCUGGGGAGCAAACUUUGUCAACGAUAUCGACGAGGACGAGAACGGCCACGGGACGCACGUCGCCGGUUCCGUGGGCGGUGCCACCUUUGGCGUUGCCAAGCAGGCCCAGCUGGUAGCCGUCAAGACGCUCGACGCCGAGGGAGCGGGAACGAACUCGGGCGUCCUCGCCGGUCUCAACUUUGUCGAAACCGACGUCACAGCCCGCGGCCUCGGCGGGAAAGCCAUCAUGAACAUGUCCAUCGGCGGCUCCAAAUCGGCGGCCCUCAACGCCGCCGUCGAAGCCCUCACGCGCGCCGGGGUCACGGUGGUCGUGGCCGCCGGAAACGAGGGCCAAGACUCGGCCAACGUCUCCCCGGCCUCCUCCCCCUCCGCCAUCACGGUCGGCGCCAUCGACGAGACCGACACCAUCGCCGAGUUUAGCAACUUCGGACCGUAUGUGGACAUCUUUGCGCCGGGGGUGCAAGUCCAGAGCGCCGGAAUCCGGGGUGACAGCUCGACUCAGGUGCUGAGUGGGACGAGUAUGGCCUGCCCUCACAUUGCGGGCCUCGCCGCCUACCUCAUGAAUUUGGAGAACCUGGAGGCGCCUGAGGACGUCAAGGCACGGAUCAAGCAGCUGGCCGCGAGUACCGGCGCUGCGGUGAAAGGUGCCAACCAGGAGACGACGACGCUGAUUGCGUAUAACGGGGAUGGAUUCUAG